GAAAAAAAGUAGGUAGCGGCAAGAUUUUGGGGGAUCCAGGGGGCCGUCGUCAUCAGCCCACCGAUUAUUCUCUUGUUUUUUCUCCCCUGUCCUGCCGAAAAAAGAGGCUGGGCCAGUGAUAGUGGGGACGCGCACAUACAAUUCGCAACCGCCCAGCGGUCCCAACCUCCUAUCAAUCGGUGAAGUACCAAUACGAAGUCCAGUCCCGCUGUCAUAUAUCGAAUAAAUUUCAAUUCAAUCGAAACUCCUUUAACCUUUCUUAGUUUCUACUUCCUUUGUUUGUUUAUACAAUUCUCGCUUCGUCAUACUUCAUCGUCGGAGAUAUUGUCUCUACUUUGCUUACUACUUGGUACAUACCGCAACCCAUCCGCUAGCUUCCGAGUGUACCGCUUCCGCAAAUCUUUAGAUUAAAUGAGCCGCUCCGCCCAUCCCACCGCCAUGAAUAAUUCUCCCACCAGACCUCGUCCACGUCAAGCUCAAGCACCACGUGACUACGACGACGGGCAACCAGCAAUAUAUCACAACAGCGCAAAACCUGCGCCUAGUAGUGCGCGUUUUGACAGCCACGACGAUUUUUAUGACUUUCUAGACAGCAACCGGGGAGGUCCUAUGCCCGCUCUGAAUAGUCUUGCAGGUCCUUCCAACGCAAACGCCAACGUCAGCGCAUCAUUGCAUACGCAGCCACUACAGAUGCCCCAGCAGCAGCAACGCUUCGGACAAAAUAGUGGCCCGUCAAACCAGAGCCCAUCAACCAGUCGGCCUCCGCUCACUAAUUCAUUCCCGCCCCAGGCAAGCGGCGCUCCGGAUAGGUCGCGACCUCCGUCGUACUCUGGAAGCAGCCGUUCCGAGGAGAUGCUCGUGGCAGAUCGCACCCGCGACGACGGUCGCAUCCAGCGCCAAAAUGGGCGUCGCGGACCGCCUGAUGGAAAGCCAGUAUCAGGUCCACGACCUCGUCCACCCACUAGCAGCUCUGCCGGGUCAUCCCCACCCCGUAACUCAACGAGCUACCCAAUCAACCCACAGGUUCAACAUGCGCAGGCCCAGUCCAAGGCAGCCUCGGCAUCGGAUCCCAGCCUAUCCAUCCCAGGCGCAAGCGUAGGCGCAUCAAUCCAGCGCCUUAAGAGUCCCAGCGUGGCGGACUGCGUGCUACAGCCGCUUGACCAGAAAGUGCGUGAGUACAACGAGUUGAUGAACCGCGAGCAAGACGAGAUGGACCGUCUAGAUGCCGAACUCCGUGCACUGCAAGAGCGUCGUGCGGAUGCCGAGACACGCUUCCUCGAAGCCAAGGGCAAGCACGACGAUUACAAACAACAAUACGUCAAUGUCGAGCGUGCUAUGCGUGGGGAAGCAGCACUACCACCUCCCACCCCUAGAGAGCAGCCAGCGCCUCUCGCGCGACAACACACGCGACCUAUGAGUCUGCAGGAUGACGAUGACGACGACGAUGAUGAUGACCUGGCGCUGCCCCCGUCGUCGCACCGACGUAUCAAUUCCCAGCAGUCUUUCGGACGUUCCUCCCAGAAGCUGAGAAGUGG